AUGAACAUAAUCAGAGAGGUUCAUGCGAAAAAGUACGGAUUGUACCAUCUGUCUAUGAGGCUAGCGCAAGAACAGGAAGUUUUGGAGGAAAGUGCAAUGUGUAGUCCUCCAAGGUCUGACGAGGAAGUACGUGUUUUUCACCCUUCAGACGAAGCCAUGGGAACUGUGAGCAGUCUAAUGCGGUUGAGAAGAAAUCCUCCCGCAGAAGCAGAACCAGAAGCCCAAGCAGAAGCACCUCCUGCUGCUAGAAAUGAAGAGGCAGUGGAAGCCGGACCGGCCUUUGUCCACCAAGAAGAGCAGGCAGAGGAAGAGGCCGGACCUUCCACUGGUCGGAGAGGCCGUAAGCGGACGGCAAGCCCAGGAGGACCCUCGGCGAAAGUACCCUGUAAGAAGACGCCCACAUCCACAUAUGGGUUGCCUUUCCGGAGGAGAGGGGAGAGUGAUGUAAAGAUCUGUGCAUUUCAGGAGGAGUGGUGCCUGCACAAGUUCUACCUGUGCCGUUCAGGGUACUUUGCUAGUAUGUUCAGUGGUGCCUGGCAAGAGUCAAACAUGAGUACAAUAGAGAUGGAGAUGCCUGAUGAAAAUAUUGACCGUGAGUCUUUCUACGAGGCUUUGGUCUACUUGUAUAGUAAUAAUAUGGCAAUUCCUUCCCACCGAAUCAUUGCUGUCUUGGCCACAGCCAGUAUGCUGCAAUUGGAUGAGAUAAUUAGUCAGUGUGAGGAGAUGAUGAAGGCCUCAGUCACUGUUGAGACUGUGUGCAGCUACUAUUACUCUGCUGAGAAUUACGGGCUCCCGUAUAUCAAAUCCAUUUGUCGCCAGUGGCUCUUAGACAACCUGAUGAUCCUGCAAACUAAUGCAUUACUGCCAGAAAUCAGUGUACAUCUCAUGAAAGAGAUCAUUGCCUCAUCAGAUCUCUUGGUGAUUGAAGGAGAGAUAGAUAUAUACACUGUACUGAAAAAGUGGAUGUUUCUACGCCUAGAACCCACAUGGACAGGAUCCCCAGGAGAACUAUUAGCUGCAGCCGACUUGUGCUUUGCCAGUUGCAAAAGCAAUUCAAAUGGUGCACCUUUUCUGGAAACUGACCAAGGGAGAGCCUUUGUACCAGUGUUACAGCAACUAAGACUCCCCUAUAUCAUCUGUGACCUGCCUUCAGCACAAAUUAUUGACCAGGAUGCAGUGAUCCCUGCAUCAUGGUUGAGUCCAGUAUAUAAAGAGCAAUGGCUAACACUUCUUCGAGCAGAGCAGUCCAGGGAACUGGGGCCAAUGGAUAUCCACGUAUCUGAUGUCCGUGGAAGCAGUAUGCGGUGUGGAGGCCAAAUUCAAAUGGAUGAGGAACACAGCUGGACCUGGCCUGGCUUUAACUUUGGCUGGGACUUGGUAGUUUGCUAUAUAAACAGGCGCAUUAUAUUCCGUCGCAGUGCUUCGAACCCAUCCUGUGGCUUCGGUGUCAGCUUACUAUGGCAGAGAAAGGUUGCAUUCCGUGUGCGUGUGACCUCUUUGGAUCAGAAAGGAAAAGCGGUUUUCAGGAAGGACACAAACUAUCAUGUUCUCUGCCUGAGAAAGGAUCAAGAGCUAGAGGUGCUCAACCUAGAAAACGAAGAGAUAACUUUCCCCAUGUAUGUGGCAUGUAACUUCCUGUACCUUCCUGGAGAGAGUGGCCUUGGCCAAUGUGGAGAAUCAAGCAGAGCUCCAAGGUCAGAAGCUCUUCCAUGA